GCUUUGUAAUCACCAAAAGUGGGUUUUAUAUGGCCUGAAGAAGCGCAGAAAAUUCACAAAAAUAAGUAGCAUAUUUUAAACACAUUUUUUAUUGGUCAACAUUUUAAAGCAAAUAAUCGAAAUUUUUUGAUUUAUUUUAUUUAGUUGACAUCUCUAGUAAGCCCCAAACAAACAAGCCGGGCUCCGGAAGUUGUUCGAUCGUUUUCGAAUCCAAACACCAAUCGGUCUAAUGUAUUCCGUAGAAAACGACAAAAAUAUCAAUGAAAUCGUAGCCAGAUUUUAGCCUUUUCAGUAAAAAUGAUUCGCGCAAUGUUGUUGCUUAUGCUGUGUGUUGCCAUUGAUCAAGCUGCGAGUCUCAAUUCGUUCCUGUACAUGAAUAUCUUCAACAGUGGAUUCCAUAGAGAUGUCCACUACACCUUGAAAUUCGGCGGAGUAGGUAGAAUGGCUUGUGAUCUGAUGCUUCUACAGCAAUUCCCCUCGGCCAUGUACGUCGAUACCGAUCAGUUGACAAAUCUGAAGAAGUUCAAAAAGAUCAACAGCUACGUUCCACUGUAUGUCGAUGUGGAAAAACCGGCCAGUAAAGCGAGUCCCUUCUCGCUGUACCUGUUCGAAACGGUACGGAAGGAAGUGAACAUCACUUUGCCUAUCCAUUUCCGGUACCAUGAUCCGUCGGAGAGGAAAUUUGAACGGAUCCAAAUAGAAAGCCCCACUCUGUACGUCCAGUGUCGCGGCACGAGCACCAAAAACCUCCUCAAAUCAACGGGAACUUACCGGUACCCUUGCCCAAGUAGUGCCCAAAUCUACGACUACGAUAAGCUUGGUGAGGCAGAAUACUGUGACUGGCAGGAGCUGGAGUUCAGUAACGUACCGACUGUGAUCAGCGUACUCAUUCCAGUGGGCAACAGUGCCUCGUACAAAUUCGUCCUGCCCGCUACCAUCCUCGUCAGCUGGAUCGGUAGCAUGUACUUGAUCUACAUAAUCGUCAAAUCGGGUAAGCGCAUCAACAAAAAGCUUUUAUAAAAUAGAUCUCAAAAUAAAGACUACUGAAAUUGAAACUUUAAAA